UCUCUUCAAGCACGAUUACAGAUUUACUUUGUAACAAUCAUAGGAAUGCUCAUAUGGCUACCUCAGAUCUGAGCUGGCGCUUCAAUUUCAUACACAUUUGAAAGUCAUACAUCAAGAGUCUUCUCUGAAGGAACCCCUACAGUUGAUAUAUAGUAAAGAUUAGUCUAGAAUUAGCAUCGAAAAGAAGUAUUUAGAUUUAUAUGAGACAUAAUCUAACCCGGUCUUUUUAGGCUCACAGAGGAUACCUCCCAUGUUACAGUCGACAGCAUUCAAGAUAAGCAAUAGGACUUAAUUUCACUGAUUGAAGCAUAUCAAUGAGUAAAAUAAAUGACCUGAAUCAUAACUUGUUCCUACUUUAGUUAAGUAUCUGACAACUCUAUAUAGCUCCAAUGAGUAGAGCUUCAAACGGAAUGCUUAUGCUUGAUUUCAAAAAUAAAGUAUCCAUCGACAAAAUUGAUUUCGAUCAAUCAAUUUAUACAGUGAUUAUGGAGAUAUACCUCUUUGAAGCUGAAUACGCCUCCACUUUGUUUUGAUUGGAUAUUAAUCUGACUACCACUACUGCCACAGAAGCCUCAUGGUGUUUGAGUCUAUAUCAAAGUCCUGGAAACUUCACAAUGUCAUCAGAACUGUUGAAUUCCACUCAUAUAUUCACAAACACAAUAGAAUCAGCAAGAGAAUUUUCUGGAUGGCAAGCCCUCCAAUUCUCUUUAGAGUAUAUCCCAGAAGACUUCUUUCCGACUCCACCAGUCGAAGCUAAGUCAGAGUUAUCAUAUAGAGUUUAUGGUGACGAUACCGGAACGAUUGGAGCCCUCACCACAACCACAGUGUGAGCUACAGAUAAUAAUACCAAUAAUCCUGAUGGAACACUAGGGAGAAUGGUCUUAGGCACCUCAGAGACACAAAUCCUUUCUGGAAUUCUUGACUUUUUGUUAAUCUGAGAUACUACAAACACUGCAACUUGAGGCUAUAUUUUCAGAACAAGAGCAAACUUCGUAAAUGAUAAAUUACAAAUGUAUACAUACCAUUGGCCCCUAGUUGCAAACUACACAGUAUUAGAUCAAAAACAGACUAAAUCAUAUGAGUUCCUUCUGAAGAACUAUAGUUAGACAGAUCUGCUCUUCUAUAAUGAUGAUAAUACAAGAC